AUGGCGACCCUACUUAAUGACCCCACUGGACUGAGGGGCAGCUGCUCGGGACAGAGGGGCAGCUGCUCGGGACAGAGGGGCAGCUGCUCGGGACAGAGGGGGUCUGGCGCCUCUGGGCAGAGGGGGUCUGGCGCCGGCGCCUCUGGGCAGAGGGGAGCUGAAAAAACAGAAGUAUUAAGCGAAGACCUUCUACAAGUGGAGAAGCGGCUGGAGCUGGUCAAGCAGGUGUCCCACAGCACCCACAAGAAGCUGACUGCCUGUCUGCAGGGCCAACAGGGGGUGGAUGUGGAGAAGAGAUCUGUCAGAUCGCCCUCGAAAAAGCUACCCCUCACAACACUAGCACAAUGUCUGGUGGAGGGAGCAGCAGUGUUGGGCGACGACUCGCUACUGGGGUGA